CGUCAUGUGACCAGGCUUCCGGCGACCGAACCACCAAUCAGAUAGCGCAGCGCAUAAUUCGAAUGUAAACGCGAGAGAACGGGUGGAAUGUAGCGCAAGACCGGACUGUGAAGAAAAAUAUUAAAACAUAUUUACCCUGCCAGAUCGGCGAUUACCAAACUGGUUGCCAUGGUGAGGGAGCGUGGGCAGAAGAAGUCUUACCAGCAGAGUCUGGAGGAGAUGAAGGAGAAGAUGAAGGAGAAGAGGGCUCAGCGCCUGCAGAGGACCAGCGCCGCCACCCGGGGGAUCUCUAAGAGCAAGGGCAAGAUCAACAUCUCUGGCAGCAGCAGGCCGCUCCUGCUGAAGAGUGUGCAGGUGAAUAACCGGGCGCUGGCGUGCGCUCUGGAGGAGGAGAGGGCCAGGCUGCGGCAGGCCCAGGGGCUCAUCCUGCGCAUGAAGGGGGAGCAACAGGCCCUCCUCCUGCACCUCCUGCUGCUCCGCAGGAGGCUGCAGCACGAGGAACAGAGCCUACAGGAACAGCAGGCAGGAGCCACGCCCAUCACCAGCUCCCCGGUCAGGAUGAAUCCUCCCUGUGAUCAAGAGCCAGAAUUCUGCAAUGAGGAGCCGUGUCAGCCAGUGGAGGAAGGAGCCCCCCUGCCCAGGACCGUGACAGCAAGGCGACGCCCUGAGAGCAGGCGAAGCUCCUCCCACCAGAGGGGGCGUCGCUCCUUCUGCCAGAGGAAUGGCCCCGCCCUCCAGGCGGCCGCUGACCAACAGGGCGAGCCGGAGCUCAAUCUGCACACGGAGCCCCUCCCCCAGGACUUAGACGCCGCCCAGCAGCCUACUCCUGAAGCUCCGCCCACCAGGCUGCCCCGCCCCCCUCCCCAGCCCCCCCGAGGCAGAGCGGAACGCGGGCGCAAACCGGACCGCACCCCCCUGAAGAAGCCGUGGGAGUCCGCCAAGCCCCGGGGGCGGUCCCAGAGCCGCGAGCGAGCCAAUCGCAGACAGAGGCCCACCGCGGCCACGCCCAGCGACGUGCUCAACGCCACGCUGGGCUCCAACGACACCUUCGACUUCGACUGUGAGGAGGCGGUGCACCUCACGCCGUUUCGGGCGGGUGGGCGGGCGCCGGGGGCGGGGCCGUGCGAGGACACGCCCACCGGGGGCGGGGCUACUCCCUCGGUGGUCGAGGGCGGAGCCAGCUCCUCAGGCUCUGACUCCAGCUCAUCACAGGACGAGGACGACAGCCUGUAUCUGCCCAAUCAGAAGCGCCGGGCGAGGGGCGGGGUCCGCGAUGAGACUCCGCCCCGGAGGGCGCGGUCCAAACGAAGGUCCGCCCUGCGGGCCAAGCACACACAGGGAGCGGGGCGGGGCAAAGAGAACGUCGCCCCAAAACCACCGGCCCCCCGCGGUAACGAGGGCGUGGCCCCUCUCACCUUUGGGGUGGAGUCUGAGAUGUGUCUGUCAGAGGCUGGCCCCACCCCCACCCCCCUCUCCCCGACUCUGGAGCCUGAGCUGUGCCUGUCAGGCCCCUCCCCGUGUGGAUUCACCCCGGCAACGGACAAGAAGCCUCGCCCCCCGGUUACCACGGAGAAGAAGCCUCGCCCCCCGGUUACCACGGAGAAGAAGCCCCGCCCCCCGGUUACCACGGAGAAGAGGGGGGGGAGAGGUGUUCUGUGGGCAGGGUCAGAGCGCAGGUCCGGUCCGUGUGAUAUCACCAAUCUCUCUUCCGCAGCGUUCCGGAAGUUUUCCACAGGAAUGCCGCGUAGCUCCUCCCCCGGGGGCUGUGACCCCGCCCCCCCCCGAAAGCGCCGCUGCACCAUCACCGUGGACUACAAGGAGCCCACGCUCAACGCGAAGUUGCGUCGUGGGGACCCGUUCACGGACACUAAGUUCCUGCGCUCGCCCAUCUUCAAGCAGAAGCGCCGCUCGGGGAAGAGCGCUCAGACGCUCAGCAAGUACGACGAGUCCUUCGUGGGCUGCCUCUGAGCGCGCUCAGA